GUCUUUUUAUUUGUGUGAUAGUUUUACGAACCGCAGUACCAAUCCACACUUGCGUGAGAGAAGAAGACGAAGACAGAAGAAGAAGGCGAUGAGUGGCGGAGGCAAGUCGGCGGCAACGCAGUGCGACAAGUGCGUAGUGGGAAUGCCGGUGGAGCAGCCUGCGCAUCCCACGAACCAGCACACAGCCACUUGGAUCGCCAAUGAGGCUCGUCCCGCGAGCUUUCAAUCCAACCACUUGAAUGCCGCUGUGAGCCGCUCGGUCUCUGAUAUGGUCAAGCACAACAAAAGCGAGGGCGACAACCCGUACCUACAAAUGGUUCCUGGCUGGAAUUCGGUAAACAAUAUGUGCACAACGUUGAACCGGUGUGGGAAAAGGUUCGACGAUGCUAAGCAGAAAGCAGAGGAGCUCGCGGGCAAUUUCUGGCAUCACCUUAGAACUAGCCCUAGCAUAAGAGACGCAGCAAUAGCUAGACUUGCUCAGGGGACAAAAAUGCUCAAAGAGGGGGGACGGGAUAAGGUAUUUGAACAUACAUUUGAGAUUCUGCCCCAAGAGGAAAUCCUGAAGGCAUAUGCCUGCUAUCUAUCCAGGCCCUCAGGGCUCGUCAUUGGGACGCUGUAUUUGUCAAACAAGAGACUGGUCUUCGGUGGUGAUAACCCUCGCCAACACGCUCCCUCAGGGAAGCAAGAGUGGAUGUACUACAAGGUGGAUAUGCUGCUCGAUAACUUGAGCUUUGUUACUCCUGGUUCAAAAAUGUUGGAUCCUUCUGAAAAGUACAUCCAGGUUGUUACGAGGGAUGGUUAUGAUUUCUGGUUCAUGGGUUUUGUAUCGUAUGAUAAGGCUCUCAAGAACAUAAAUGAGGCUUUACAGAAGCAUCGUGACCGUAAGCUGGAAGAAUACAACCACAAUGACUCGCCAAAUGGUGAACAGAUAUCCGACUGUAUUUGAAUAAUUUUGAUGUGUGUCUGACUGCUAUGGAUGCUUAAUGUUUAACUUCGACGGUAACAUCUCCUUUUAAAACAGUUGUAGUCGGUAAUUAUUUUCUUUGAAGCAGCUAUUGGGGCUUGUUUCUUCUGUUA